AUGACCAAAGCAUCAGUCAGUCGAGAUGCAGGUAUCGCAUACCUAGACGAAGAAAUAUCCCAAGAUUAUGAAGGAGACGGUACAUGUGAACUAGCUACCAUUUUUAAACGAUUGUUAUCAGAGAAUGGUACCACUCCUCAAGAAGCAGCACAGCAAAUCGACGCAUUCUAUGCCGGUGGUCUGGACGCAUUGAUCUGCGGGCUUGGGCGCAUACUUCGGUACGAUGAUUGCCGGCAGGAUGCCCUGGUUCAAAUGCUCCUUGAACUUCACAAACUUCCGCCUCGACAGGUUAAGAUUUGGGAUAAUGACUAUAGCGUUUAUAAAGAUGACCCGAUAUUUGGUUCGCUAGUCGACGAAGAUUGGAAUAGGUAUUCUGUGCAUGACAGUAUACUUGAAGAAAAUAGUACUAUGUCUUUCUCGGAUGUACAGGAAAGAUGUGAUGACUACCUGAAUUAUUCUGCAUUCCUUGCGCGCUGUACCGGUGCCGGACUGUACAAAAACGGCAAGACGAUUCAGGGUAUAAAUACAGUACGCAUGGAAUCGCUGAAGGACUUGAGAAGGAUAUGCCACACGGGAACAUACGGAAAUCCCGGAUAUUAG